GACCCGCGCGGCCGCUUGCGUCCGUCGCCUUCCCGCUAACCUCUCAGCGCCCCGCUCCCCGCGCGUUGGGGCUCCCAGUCUCCCUGCAGCGUGUGCAUCUGCGCCGCACCCCGGUUUUACCGCCUUCACCCCGCCGGCACACGUUUUCUCUCGGCCUUUCCCGGGCCUGCCCCUGCGCAGCCCUGCUCACGGCCUCGCACCGAGCGCGCCCGGAGACGUGUCUGCAGGCCCGGGCCCGACGCCACGGGGCUGGCUUCCCCGCGCGGGGAGCACGCGCGUCCUCGGAAGCCGCCCGCUCGCUGCUCCCUUGCAUCUGCACCCGAGGGCUGGGACGGGCGACGGCGUCUACUUCUCGAACUUUUCCUUCUACGGAGAGCCGAGUGCGGUGCCUAACCGCUUCCUGGUACCUGGGCCUCCAAGCAGGCGCGCGUGCGCACCCGCCCCGCCGACGAGGCCCCUCCUCCGGCCCCGGCCCUCGCGGUUUCCCAUCGGGUCGUGGAAGGGAGCUUAGCUGCUCUUUCAGCCCGGGCCCUUGCUCCUGCCCGCGGGUGCAUUCUUCCGCCUUCUAGUUGUGCAUGGGGGUGAAGACCAGGCCGUCCAGCCCCGGCUCCGGCUCCGGCUCCAGCCCCGGCUCCAGCUGUGGUUCCAGCCCCAGCCGCGGCUCCAGCCCCAGCCUCGGCUCCAGCUCCAGCUCCAGCCCCAGCCCUGGCCCCGACUCCAGCUCCAGCUCCACACCCGGUUCCAGCUCUGGCUCCGGCUCCGGCCCCGGCCCCGGCCCCGGCCCCAGCCCCGGCUCCGUCUCCAGGUCCAGCUCCAGCCCGGCUCUGGCUCCAGCCCGGACCUUGCGCAGGUCACGGGGAAGCACACUGGCGGCGGCGGCGAGGGGGCGCCACGCUGCAGGCAUCGGCGGGGCUAAGGAUCCAGAAGGCCGCCCCGGGAGGUGGCUGGCUCCCCGCGGAGAAGGCCCCGUGGCGGCCCUGCCCGAAGGUGGCCUCGCAGGCCUGGGAGCUCCGGCGCUCCGGCGGAGACCACGCGGUGGCCAAGGCUUAGCGCCGUCGACCUUCAGAACGAGACAGAGCAGGUGUACAGACCAGACGAUGUGCUCCUGCACCGCACGCAUGAUGAGAUUGUCCUCCUGCAUUGCUUCCUCUGGCCCCUGGUGACAUUUGUGGUGGGCGUUCUCAUUGUGCUCCUGACCAUCUGCGCCAAGAGCCUGGCA